AUGCUGCGGCCGGCUUUACUCGUCGGUGCCAUCGCUGUUGGACUUUACUAUGUUUUGUGCUACCUGCUCAAUGAACGACGACACCGCCAGCAAGCUCGACAAUGGGGUUGUCAGCUCCCUUAUCGGGAGACAGGGACGUGGUGGGGCAUCUCGAUCAUUCGAGACUUCAUGCGUGCGAUGCGUGAAGAGCGAGCUGCUCCGUACUAUAUUGAAUGGCAAGAGAGCAACCCACGCACUGCUGUGACCUCAUUCCUGGACGCGGACCUCUUCUCUACUUAUGAGCCCGCCAACAUCCAGGCCUUGCUAGCCACCCAGUUCGAGGAUUUCAGUCUUGGCUAUCGUCUGAAGACAUGGGCGCCGAUGAUUGGCAAAGGAAUCUUUACGACCGAUGGUGCUGAAUGGAAGCACAGUCGGUCCAUUCUGCGGCCACAGUUCGCACGGGAUCUUCUGACGGACUCGGAGACCGAGGAGAAGCAUCACCGAAACCUCAUGCAACACCUCUCGAUCGGCUCGGAUGGGUGGACAGAUCGCGUCGACCUCCAGCCGCUAUUCCAACGACUUACCAUGGACUCUAGCACAGAACUUCUUUUCGGCCAGAGCACCGACUCGCAGAAUGCCGCACUGCGCGAUGAUCCUGCCGCUAAUGAGUGGAGAGCGUUCGAUGCUGCUUACGAACGAGGCCAGAAAGUCGUCGGGAUCCGCAACUACCUCGAAGAGCUCCAUUGGCUAUACAGUCCAGCCUCCUACAAAGAGGACUGCAAAACUGUCCAUGCCUAUCUCGACAAGUUCGUCCAGGAAGGCCUACGUCGCGUCGACUCCAAGGAAGCUUCGAAGAAGUACUGCUUCCUAGACGAGCUGAUCAAGGUAACCCGCGACCCCGUCGAGCUUCGCGACCACUUGAUCAACAUCCUAGUCGCCGGCCGUGACACAACCUCCGGACUCUUCGGCUUCACGUUCUACCUGCUCGCACGCGAUCCAGCCGUCUUCCACAAGCUACGAGAAAUCAUCCUUUCGGAGUUCGGCACAUACAAGUCGCCCAAGAACCUCGACUUCCCCUCAAUAAAAGGCUGCACCUACCUCCAGCACGUCCUGAACGAGAGUCUCCGUCUCCACCCACCUGUCCCAGCCAACGAGCGUUUCUGCAUCAAAGACACCACUCUCCCUGUCGGCGGAGGCCCAGAUGGAACUGCACCCGUCUACAUCCGCAAAGGACAGUCCGUCGCAUUCUUCACAGGCGCCAUGCACCGGCGCAAGGAUUUGUGGGGCGAAGACGCGAACGAAUUCCGACCGGAUCGCUGGAUCAACCGGAAGCCGAGGUGGGACUUUGUGCCAUUCAGCGGCGGUCCGAGGAUCUGUCUUGGUCAGCAGCAGGCUCUGACGCUGGCUGGCUUCAACAUCAUUCGACUGCUCCAAAAGUUUGAUCGCAUACAGCCUGCUGACAACGGGGAGAGACCGAGAUACCGCUACUCGCUUACCGACGCCUUACGUUACUGUUGGGUGCAACUACAUGAGGCCUCAGACAGUUGA